CUUACAAUGACAGCAGCGAAUUUACGUGAUUGAGGUUACGUAUCCAAUCUCAUCAGCUAUAACAGGGAAAAUUAGAUAAAUGACGCACAGCUGUUGUGAAAGGAUGAAGGUGUUGUUGAUUUUAUGGACUGCACUGCUGCCGGUUGUCAAAGUGUUAUCAGAAUCAUCAGAACCACCACCACCACUUUAUCCGCAGGUUGUUUUGGCUGAAUAUGGAAUUAACUACAAUAAAUCCCUGAAUUCCAGCCUCGAGUGGGUUUUCCUCUACAGCAACAAAAAUAAUAGUCAGGGGGCAAGGAUCUACGUAGACAGUGAAGCUAGUGAAGAUGAGCCUCUGCUUGUCGUUGUCAGACAGAAAAAGGGAAUUCUUUCAUGGCAGAUUCCUCUCCUGGUGGAGAGGAAAAAUGCAGAGCCCCUUGCCUUCUCCAAAACCAGCAGAACCUUGUGCUCAGCCAAUUAUUAUAAAGUGGGAAGGAGUUAUUUGGAGAAUGAGGAGUUUAUCACCGUCAGUAUUUCAAUUGAGAGCCAGUCGAAGAUCGAGUUCAAUCUCUUAGUUGUCGCAGAAACGGAUUUCUAUAUUCGACCUGGAGAAUCUCGAGAUCUGGUGGUCUCACCGUCAGAGCCUCGAUACUACGGCUAUAACUUCUCGAACCAAGCAGAGAAUAGCUCAGUGCUCGUGAAAAUUAAUUCCACCAGCGACACAUGCAUGACAGUCUCUAUCCAGAAUCCAUCAUGCCCAGUGUUCGACCUAGAAAGGAAUAUAGAGUUCUCAGGAUAUUGGCAGACAGUGAGUCAGCUGGGGGGUAUAACAAUUCCGCGGGAUGCGUAUCCCAACGGUUUCUUCAUCGUCCUCGUGGUCAAGGGUGAGGAUACAGACUGCACCCUGGAGAUGGGAUCGUCAGACCGGAGUAAAUCAGUGACAAUCAGCAUCACCCCGAAUAUCACCUACAAGGACGGUGUCAAAGCAGCUACUAUUGCUCUGGCUAUAGGUUUGGCCUUCUGUAUCUCCUAUGUCAUCGGAGUGCUGUCCCACAAGGUGAGAAUACGUCGAAAACUCCAGCAGGAAGCUGUCCUGGACGUGGACGUGCCAGAUCCCGAGAUGUUGCCGAGUCCCUCAGCCCUUGAGGAUCCUGGACCCAGCCAGUGGACGUCCGUCGACGAUGGAGACUCCUCUCUUGACGAGGACGACAUCGACAUCCUCCAGGACGCAUUAUCGGAUAAAGAGAUUAUUCGCACCAGACGAGUCCUCUCGGUGUCAGAUUUAGCUAGAAAAGAGCCAAAAAUACUUCGACACAAGUCUCGACUCUAUCUUUAUUACCUGGGGACAAUUGCUGUGUUCUAUGCACUUCCUGUUGUCCAGCUGAUGGCCACCUACCAGAGGGUCAUCCAUGUCACUGGCAAUCAGGACCUCUGCUACUUCAAUUUUCUCUGUUCACAUCCAUUCUUUGGAUUCUCUGAUUUCAAUCACGUAUUUUCGAACUUUGGGUAUGUUCUACUUGGAUUGUUAUUUAUCUGGCUGACGUGGACCAGGGAACAGGGGGAUCUUGCAUUCGCCGAGAAGAAGAAGAGCUUUGGAAUUCCUCAGCAUUAUGGAUUGUUCUAUGCCAUGGGAACUGCUCUGAUGAUGGAGGGUGUUCUCUCUGCUUGUUAUCAUGUCUGUCCCAAUCACAGUAAUUUUCAAUUUGACACGAGUUUCAUGUACAUAAUAGCGGUGUUGUGCAUGGUGAAAAUAUACCAGACAAGACAUCCUGACAUCAACGCUCGUGCCUCGGUGACAUUUGGAGUGCUUGCACUGAUAAUAUUCCUGGGGAUGCUGGGGGUCCUGGACGGUUCAUAUUACUUCUGGAUUAUUUUUACCAUAAUUCAUCUCGUUGUGUGCCUUGUCCUAACAGCCCAGAUUUACUACAUGGGCAGAUGGAGACUCGACAGGGGAAUGUUUCGUCGAAUAAUCAACACAUUUAAACAUGACGCACGAUCAGGCAUUACGAAUAUCAUGAGACCGAUGUACGGAGGAAGACUAAUUCUCCUCGUCAUAGCAAAUUUUUGCAAUGUCGCCCUAGCCGUCUUGGGGAAUACGCAUCGUGGAAAAGACUUUGCAACAUUUCUACUGACAAUUCUCAUGUCCAAUCUCCUGUUGUACACCUUCUUCUAUAUCGUGAUGAAGCUCUGUCAUGGGGAGAGAAUUAAAAACCCAACGGUGUGUUACAUAAUUCUGUCCUUCAUCACCUGGGGUUUUGCCCUCUACUUCUUCAUCGAAAAAUCCAUCUCCUGGGCCCUCACACCGGCCCAAUCUCGUCACUCAAAUCGCCCCUGCGAAUCACUACUCAAUUUUUUCGAUUACCAUGAUAUCUGGCACUUCCUCUCUGCCCUCGCCAUGUUCUUCUCCUUCAUGGUUCUCCUGACCCUCGACGAUGACCUCGAGGACACCCACAGGAGUCUCAUACCCGUAUUCUAAUACUAUUAGUUAAUUUCUGGAUAAACUUUCUACUGAUUCAUUUCUAUUGAAUGAUUUUGUUCGUUGCAGAGAUUUCUCCUGUAAUUUCAUCAUUUUCAAAACGAAAAAUCAUAUCCGCUUUUUCUGCAAUUCUAUAAAUGAUUUUAUACAAUCAUUUCUUAUUAUUUUUUUGAUAAUAAAUAAGGAGAAAAAGUGGGAUUCAAUACCCCGAAACUCUAUUGUUAAAUUACUGUUUUUUACUUUCACUAGAGUUUCUAGAAAUAUCUAUUAGAAAUUGAAUAAAAUAUCUGUAAAGCUGCGAGUUGUUGUAAUUUUAAGAAAAAUAAAUAAACAAAACGUGUGAUAUUUUAACAAUAUAAUGAUUCUUGUGUUUAUUUGUCAUGGCAGUGAUUCCCUUAUUCCAUGAUUACAUAAAUUCAUUCGUUCUUAAUAUUAAUUCUACCAUAUUAAA